CCAGUGGCGCCGGGACGAACUACGCGCCGAUUGCGCAAGUGGCAAGUAGUGGCAAGUAGUGGCAAGUAGUGGCAAGAAGCGCAAGAAGUGUCAAAUUCAAACGGGGAGCGCACAACUCACACAACUUGACGCAAGUCGUGCGUCUUUGAGCCGACUAGCGACGAGGCUGGAGGACCGUUGUCAAUACCAGAAGACCGCCUGGCGGGCAGCGAUGGAGUGCCCGGAGUGUUUUGUCAACUUCAAUGAAGUGGGCCGUCUUCCUAAAGCCUUGCCAUGUGGGCACACCUAUUGCCUGGAAUGCCUUGAAGAAGUGGACCGCUGUUUCGAAGACCAUAAGAAAUUUAUGGAAAUACCCACUGAGCUUCCGAACAAUAAAAAUGUCAUUGCAAUGAUGCGCUCAAAUUCCGGCAAAAGUGAUAAUUGCCUAUCUAUCUGGUGCAUGAGUUGUGAAGCUAAAGCUUCAGAGUGUUGCAUCGAUGUUGGCCACAAAGUUUGCAACAGGAAAAAGGUUUUGUUUGAACAAGCUCGUCAAAAGUUGCAUCUAUCUGAACAAAAGCUUGACCUCCAACAUUAUGAGAAGUUGGUGGACAAUCUUGAUGAGGCCAAUGCUGCUCAAGCCCUAGAGUUGCUGUCAGGACCUAUUGCUCCAAUUGACGUGUUGCUGCAGGGAAAAGGGGUGAGGUGGAAAGCACCACUGCAGUUGAAUGAAGCAAUUGAUGAAAAAAUGGGAGAUCAAAAGGCCAAAAUGAUGAGGUGCCUGCUGUAUCUCUUGAAAUUGGAAGGAACAAUUCAGAAAGACCUGUAUCUGCCACAUAACGACAGAAGCCAAGAGACUCAACCAAAGGAAGAAAUAGAUCCUGAGACUCUGCUGGACCUAACAAAUAUCAGCAGUUGCAGGAAUCUAGAGUCAGUGAAGGCUGACAAAGAUGCAUUGUUGGCAUCUGACAGUUUACUCAAAGUGAAGCGUCUCACAGGCCUGUACUGUGAUCCAGACAAGAAGUGGUCUUUGCAACUUCUGGAGCUGCUUGCACCAAACCUAGAGGAGGUUCACUUGUACCAUUUCCACCUUAAACACCUUGAAGUAGUUCAAAGGAUGCCUCAACUGCGUUGGCUUGUUUUGGAGAACUUGAAUGAUAAGAUAAAAGCUGUGGACAAAGAUUAUAAAGUACCACCUUUGAAACAUAAAAGUCUAGUGGAAUUCCUUUGGUGUAAUGUUUCUGGCUAUAGAAACGAAAAAUUGUGCUCAGAUAUAAUUAAGUCAUAUGAAUCAUCGUUGAAAGUGCUACUGGCAGCAGUACCUUCUUACCAUGGUAAUACUGUGGAAUUCUUUGAUAAAUUGAACAUGCCUAAUCUUGAGAAUCUGUUUUACAUUAAUAAUUAUUGUGGAAAUCAGAGCUGUAAGGAGCAAAUGAAUAGCUUACGUGAGAAAUAUCCCAAUGUGUUUUGCUUCAAAUGUGGAAGAACAGAUAUGUAUGAUUCAUAAAGUGCAAUAAAAGAAAUACAAAACAAAGUUC